AUGCCGACAAAAACGGAAGAAUGUUGGGACUGGUUAGGCAUAAACCCCGAUAGAAAUACUAGUUCCGAAGCAGCAGAUAUUUUUGCCGCAAUUAACAGAGCCAAUGAAAUUCUCACAGGAAAAGGGAAUGAUGUUAAACUAGAAAUGUUUACUUGCCUUAAACGAGGCUGUAAUAUACAAUUUGAAAAAGGAUUUAUAAUAAAUAGGGAUAAAAAUAAACGCUGCUGUUCUCGACAACACGCUCAAGAAUACUUGAAAGAAAUUUCUAAUUUAGGAAAUAAGCCUUGCCAAAGUUGUGGAGUGAUACAUAAAGAAGGUGUUCCGAAAAAGUGUGAAAAAACAUUAAUGGCUGUUAGUGAAUUAGAAAAUUUAAGUCAUUAUGAGAUUUUUAGCCCUAGCGAAAGAGGAAAAUGGAUUGAAAAACUGAAAGAAGGUCAAUGCUUCUAUGAAGGAGAGGAACUUUGUAAAAUUAACAAAGAAGGCUUUAUCAAUGAGAAAGUGCUAAGUGAAAAACGAAGGAAUGACAUUAUUGGGGAAAUGGAAAGGUGUCGAACCACCGACCAAUUUCUUAAUGUAUUGAAUGAGGUCGAAAAAGAAAUAAAGGUCGUAGGAGGAGGCAAUGGAAGCGACAAUAUACAGCAAAAAAUCAUUCAAGCCAUUGCAGCGGAGGGCCAAAUUCGAAAAUUAAAAGACCUGAUACAAGUCGAAGAGUUAAAAAACAAAUUUAUCCAAAAAAUUAAAGAUUUUAUUGCUCUAAAUAAAAGUAAUAUUCUUGAUGCUGUUAAAGAAAUUGAAGAGAUUCUCCGAAAAGUUGACAAAAAUGAGGAUGAAAGACUUGCUGAACUAGAAAGAUUAAAAAAGAUAAUUAUUGCCAGAGGUGGAGAAGAGUCUGAAGUGAUUUCCAUUUCUAAAACUUAUUCUAUUAGCCGAAUUAAAAAUAAAUUAAAAGAAGGUCAUGAAAAAUUAGUAGUACGGGAAGAAGAGUUACCUCCUCAACUUCUAGUUCCUUAUAAAAGCGUGGAAGAAAAAUUAGGUAGUUUAAAGCAAUUAGAAGAUAUUACUAGUUUCGAAAAUAAUUUGAGAGGGAUAAUUGUCCAAAAGAAACAAGAAAAAUUAGAUGUGAUUGUUGAUGAGGCUAUUUCCGAAAUAAAAAGAGAGAUUGGGCAAGACCAAGAGUGGAUUGAGUUGGGAGAAUACAAAGAUUAUGAGAAUAAAUUAAAAAGUAUGAUCGAUCCUGAUGUUAUUGAUUUAUUCAAGAAAAAUAUUAUGGAUUUGAUUGAGGAGCAAAGGGCAAAUAAGUGA